GAAGAUUGCGACGACAUGGACAAGAGGUCAAGCGGCCGCAGGUCGGGGAGGCGGAGAAGGUCGCAGAAAUCCACCGACUCACCCGGCGCUGACCCCCCGCUGCCCGACUGCACGGCCCGGGACGACGCGGUCUUCGACGACGAGGUGGCGCCAAACGCAGCCGCCGAGAACUGCUCCGCGGAAAAGAAAGUGAAAUCUCCGCCGGCGGCCCCUGAUGGGGGCGUUACCUCCGCCGCCGGUCUAGAGUCCAAGCCCAGCCCCAGAGGGCCGCUCCGAGGGGAGUCGGAGCGGAGUAAAGCGCCGCCGCCGGCCUCUUCCCCCACCAAGAGGAGGGGCAAGAGCCGCGUCCCCGAGGCCGUGCCCACCUCGCCCGCCGGCGGCCCGCGGGCUCCGGCCAAAGACUCCCCUUUCAAGAGGGCACCCGACCCCGGCCCGGCCGUCAAGGAGAGCGGCGAGGAGGCGGCCCGGGUCAUCCCCCGCGAGCUCACGGUCAAGAGCAGCUCGCUGCUGCCGGAGAUCAAGCCCGAACACAAGAGGGGGCCGCUCCCCAACCACUUCGACGGCCGGGGAGAAGGAAGUCGCAGCAGAGAGCUGGGCAGAUCGGCCGGAGGUUCUGACCCCGACGGCUUGAAGCCCAGGAACCAUUUCGGAGCGGGCAGGUCGACGGUGACCACCAAAGUGACCCUGCAAGAUACCAAACUCUGUGACGAGAAUAAUCUCAAUUCUAUUGAAAGUAAUUCACCAUGCAUACAGAAAGACUGGCAAUAUGCUAAGAUGUUAACAGGGACAUUGUUUGAAUGCCCUGCCAAGCCCAAACAUGUGGAACUAAAUCUUAAAACCCCUAAGAAUCUUGACAGUUUGGGAAAUGAGCAUAAUCCAUUUAGCCAACCAGUUCACAAAGGAAAUACUGCCACCAAAAUCUCCUUAUUUGAAAACAAACGGGCAAACAGUAGCCCAAGAUACACUGACAUUCGAGGCACAAGGAACACUCCUGCCUCUAAUAAAACAUUUGUCGGGAGGGCGAAGCUGAAUCUAGCCAAAAAAGCCAAGGAAAUGGAGCAACCGGAAAAGAAGGUGAUGCCAAAUAGUCACCAGAAUGGUGUGCUGGGGAAGGAAACCUCUGCAGAAACCAAAGUUCCUCUCCCUGGAGAGGAGACUCCUGGUCUUCAGCUUAACCAAGGUGAUAAGGCAGAUGUGCAGACAGAUGCUGGCUGCCCUUCCGAACCUGUGGUUACUGCUCAGAUUCCUGUCAAGGACCCCAAGCUCUUAGCAGAGGGCGACUCAGAAGCUGCUGACAGCAAAAGCCUUGCACUUGAAAAUAUGACUGACACCACACAAGACAUCCCUGCCCUUGUUGAUACCAAAGACUCAUCUCCAAUAGCCGUGCUAGAGCCACAGGAUGGAUUUUCUGACUCACAGCCCCGAGCUGAGUCAUCUGAUGGGCCCUCUCUUUCACUGGCUGCCCCCAUCCCUGUGGAUGAUUCCAAAGACACGUGUGCUCAAGCUCCCAUAAGCAGUUUUCCAUGCACUGAUCUGAAAGUGGCAGAAAACCAUAAUGGAUGUGUUCUGCCUGUGUCUCAUCAGAAUAAUGAGAAGGCACCCACCUCCAAACUUGCAGGAGGAGGAGAAGAAACAAGCCCUCCUUUGUCCACAGAGCAGAGGCCGGAAGCUGUGGGAGAGGAGUGUCCAUCCAGGGUCCUUGUCCAGGUCAGGUCCUUCGUGCUCCCCGUGGAGAACACUGAGGAUGUCAGCUCCCGGCUCAUCUCGGAAAGCGCUGAAGUUAGAGAAGCACAGUUGCCAAGCUGUCACAAUAAUGAACAUGAAGUGGUUUCCGUUGUAAGUUGUGCUCCCCAGAAAGAGGAAGUGCUGGGCAGCACGAGCACAUCGCCCGAACACUCUCACUGCAGAGAGGAGCACGUAGCAAAAUCUGGCCCACAAACCGUGCUGCCAGAGUCAGAAAAAACCCUGCCUGUCCAGACUCAAAGUCAGGGCAACGGAAAUCCCCUGAAGGCAGAAUCCAGCCCCACCAACUGCCCUGGCAACAAAAAUCAUUUAGAAAUCCCUCAAAAACCCGGUCAAAAUGUUAUGAAUGGCCAGGACAGCCCUGCCAGUCUUUUGAACAUUUCCGCUGGUAGUGAUGACAGUGUAUUCGAUUCAUCUUCUGAUAUGGAAAAAUUCACUGAGAUUAUAAAAAACAUGGACAGUGCAGUUUGUGUGCCCCAGAGGAAAAAGAAGUCCAGGAUGGCAAACUCCCCUGCCCCUCACUUUGCCAUGCCUCCUAUUCACGAGGACAAUUUAGAGAAGGUGUUCGAUCCCAACGUGUUUACCUUUGGUUUAGGGAAGAGGAAGGAAGGCCAGACGGAAAUGUCACCGGCUUCACAUUUGAUGCAGAAUCUUGACACCCAUUCCAAACUGAGGCCCAAACGCACAUCUACCGAACAGAGCACCCUCUUCAAGUCCUUACCAGCUCACGCUAAUGGGAAGGACCAGCCUCUGGCGGCCCCAGAAGGAAAUGACAAAGAGAUCAGGGAUAUCCCAAACGGGGGGGUUAAGAGAUCGAGGCUAGAAAAAAGUGCACUUUUCUCAAGCAUGUUAUCUUCUUUACCACAAGACAAGGUCUUCUCUCCCUCAGUAACGUCAGUCAACACCAUGACCACAUCUUUCGGCACUGCUCAGAGCAGUUCUCUUCCCCAGCCUUCCGCCUUACAGCCUGUGGCUGAGGGUGCCCCACCCUGCGGUUCAGAAAAAGAACAGCCAAGUCUGCCACCCGGCAACUUAAAGAUCUUCAAUUUCAACUCCUCAAACGCAUCUCAUUCGGGAUUGGAAAGUCUGAACUACAUGGAAAAGUACCUGCAAAAAGAGGAAACCAAGAAAGACCUGGAUUUACGGAGCAACCCAACCUUGCCAGAAACAAAAUUUUCUGAAUUUUCAAAACUGAAGAACAAUGGUGAUGUGGAAAAGGCCAAUCACAUUGAAAGCGUUCUUAAAUCAAACUUGCCGAACUUUGGAAACAGUGACACAGACUUCACCGGUCUUUUCAAAUCCAGCAGGUUUGACCCAAGCAUUUCUUUUUCUGGAAUGUCAUUAUCAGAUACAACAGCACUUAGAGGAAGCAUCCAGAAUAAAAUCAAUCCUCGCCCUGGAAAGGUGGUGAUCUAUGGGGACCCGGACGUCUCAGAGGAGUGUAUUGAAGUUUUUGGGGACGUUGAGGAUUGCAGCUCUUGGAGCCUCUCUCCUGUGAUACUCAUGAAAGUCGUCAGAGGAUGUUGGAUUUUGUAUGAGAAACCACAUUUUGAAGGGCACUCCAUCCCCUUAGAAGAAGGAGAGCUGGAGCUCUCUGGUCUCUGGGGUGUAGAAUAUGUUCUGGAAAGUAACGAAGAGGCAGACUCAGCUAAGCCUGUGGUGAUUGGUUCAAUCAGACAUGUGGUCCAGGAUUACAGAGUUAGUCAAAUUGACUUAUUUACUGAACCAGAGGGGUUAGGACUCCAAAAUUCCUACUUUGAUGAUACGGAAGAAAUACAGGGCUUUGGUGUAAUGCAGAAGACUUGUUCCAUUAAAGUACAUUGGGGCACAUGGCUGAUUUAUGAAGAGCCUGGAUUUCAGGGUGUCCCUUUUAUCCUGGAACCUGGAGAAUACCCUGACUUAUCCUUCUGGGAAACAGAGGAGGCAUACAUUGGAUCCAUGCGGCCCCUGAAAAUGGGUGGCCGUAAGGUUGAAUUCCCUACAGAUCCAAAGGUCAUUAUUUACGAAAAGCCUUUCUUUGAAGGAAAAUGUAUGGAACUAGAAACAGAGAUGUGUAGUUUUAUCAUGGAAGGAGGUGAAACAGAAGAAAUGACUGAAGAUGAACGUUUGCAGUUUGCAUCGGUGGGAUCUAUGAAAGUUCUGAGAGGCAUCUGGGUUGCUUAUGAGAAGCCUGGAUUUACGGGUCACCAGUAUUUGCUUGAAGAAGGAGAAUACAAGGACUGGAAAGACUGGGGAGGUUACAGUGGAGAACUUCAGUCUUUACGACCUGUAACAGGUGAUUUUUCAAAUGCUCACAUGAUAAUGUACAGUGAAAAAAACUUUGGAUCCAAAGGUUCCAGUAUCGAUGUAUUAGGAAUUGUUGCUAAUUUAAAGGAGACCGGAUACGGAGUGAAGACACAGUCGAUUAAUGUCCUGAGUGGAGUAUGGGUAGCCUAUGAAAACCCCGACUUCACAGGAGAACAGUAUAUACUGGACAAAGGCUUUUACACUAGUUUCGAGGACUGGGGAGGCAAAAAUUGUAAGAUCUCUUCUGUUCAACCUAUAUGCUUGGAUUCUUUCACUGGUCCAAGGAGACAAAAUCAGAUUCACUUGUUUUCGGAACCACGGUUUCAAGGUCACAGUCAACAUUUUGAAGAAACAACAAGUCAAGUUGACGAUUCAUUUUCUACCAAGUCUUGCAGGGUUUUAGGAGGCAGCUGGGUUGCGUAUGAUGGGGAAAAUUUCACUGGUAAUCAGUACGUGUUGGAGGAAGGCCACUAUCCUUCUCUCUCUGCAAUGGGAUGCCUGCCUGGAGCAACCUUCAAGUCUCUGCGUUUUAUAGAUGUUGAAUUUUCUGAACCAACAAUUCUUCUCUUUGAAAGAGAAGACUUCAAAGGAAAAAAGAUUGAACUUAAUGCAGAAGUAGUUAAUCUCCAGGCCCUAGGAUUCAACACACACAUUCGCUCUGUUCAGGUGAUUGGUGGCAUAUGGGUGACUUACGAAUAUGCCAAUUACAGAGGCAGACAGUUCCUGCUGUCACCAGCUGAAGUGCCUAACUGGUAUGAAUUCAGUGGCUGUCGCCAAAUAGGUUCUCUGCGACCUUUUGUUCAGAAACGAAUUUAUUUCAGACUUCGAAACAAAGAAACAGGGUUAUUCAUGUCAACCAAUGGAAACUUAGAGGAUCUGAAGCUUCUCAGAAUACAGGUCAUGGAGGAUGUCGGUGCUGAUGAUCAGAUCUGGAUUUAUCAAGAAGGGUGCAUCAAAUGCAGGAUAGCAGAAGACUGCUGCCUGACCAUCGUGGGGAGCCUCGUGACUUCCGGCUCUAAACUGGGUCUGGCACUGGAACAGAAUGUCGACAGUCAGUUCUGGAGCAUGAAGUCUGAUGGCAGGAUCUACAGCAGGUUGAAGCCCAAUUUAGUUUUAGAUAUCAAAGGCGGCACACAGUAUGAUCAAAAUCACCUUAUUCUCAACACUGUCAACAAGGAGAAGUUAACACAAGUGUGGGAAGCCAUGGUCCUGUAGACCUGAAUGAGGAGUGCAAGAGGAAUACCUCUGGAGGUCUCCCAGCUGCCUUAUUUAAAUAAAAGAAGAAAAGACUGCCGACAGAAGCACCGAGAAAGUGGACCUGCUCCCUCAACAACCCUAAAUUCACUCGUGAAUCAUGCUGCUGUGACCAGGACAACUGCUCAUCUUCUCAAAAGGCUGUAAUUGUUUUAAACCAAUUAUUUGUCCUCCUCUCAUUUCUUGCCUUCCAUUUCCUUUCAGUAGCUGCUUAAACAGAUUGCAUUAGCAGCUUUAAAAAAAAAAGUUGUAUCAGAACUUUAAGAUCAAACACAUCUUUCACUAUUUUUGGAAAUAAUUUGAGAAGAGAACAGGUACCAACUUAACUGACUUUAGGGACCUACAAGUCCCUUACACUUUAAAGGGGAGGAUACAAGCUCACAUUUAUAAGGUGGGAGACUGUUUAGCAUCUGAGAAGAAAUAAUUAGGCCUGUAAUGUUGGUCCUUGACCUUCUAUUUUCUGGAUUCAUUAAUUACACUGUAUAGCACAGUGGGGAAAGCCUUAUCUACGAGGGACUGAAUAAGUGAACAAAGUAUGAUUUUUCUGUUAAUAUUAAAAUUAGUAAAUUUAUAAGAUUUCA